CUCCCAAAAAAUUCAAUCAUCACUUUCUUAAUUAAAAGCGAGAGAAAAAAGUUAAAAUGGAUUUGCAAUUGAGGCAAUUCGGUUUCGACCCUCGUCUAGUGGAUUUCCUUUUGGACCACCUAGACUUUUCAGACGAAACCGACACGAAAGCACACCACGCGCCAUCUCGCGCGUACGUUCGUGACUCAAAGGCAAUGGCAAGCACGUAUGCUGACAUACUCGACUACCCUGAUUCGUACAAAUUCGUGGUGGACAUGCCUGGGUUAAAAUCUGAACAAAUAAAAGUAACAAUGGAAGAUGAUAGCACGCUUGUGGUGAAUGGAGAGAGGAGAAGGGACAAAGAUAAGGAUCAAAAAGAAGGUGUUAAGUAUUUGCGGAUGGAGAGGAAACAAGGCAAGUUUCUUAAGAAAUUUCAGCUUCCUGAAAAUGCCAAUAGUGAUGAUAUUUCUGCUAAUUAUGUUGAUGGUGUGCUUACUGUUACUAUUUCUAAGAGGCCGCCUCCUGAGCCCAAGAAGCCCAAGACUAUUCAGGUCCAAGUUAGUUCUCUCGGACCAGAAACUCAGGCCCAAGCCCAACCUCAGAUUGAUGAAUUACCCCGUAAUGGCCUUGACUCCCAGGCUUGAUUUACAAUAUAUUGUCGAACUCCAAAUGUGCCAAAUAGUAUAUACUACUAUGUCUUACGUAUGCAUAUAUGUACUUUUAAUUUUGUCAAUGUUUUUUCUUUGAGUGUCAAUGCACCUCACAUGUCAUUAUACAUGUCUGAUAUCAGUGACAUGUGAUAUUAAUAUAAAUAUAAGUAUAUUUUCUGUUUUUUGUGUGUAAUGCAACUGCUUCUCCACCUUGAUUAUA